CUGCACUACGGGACCCUCCUGGGCAGCAGAGCUUGUGUCCACAUGGCAGCAGCUGCCUGGGCCACUGGGUUUCUCACUGCUCUGCUGCACACGGCCAAUACAUUUUCACUGCCCCUGUGCAAGGGCAAUGCCCUGGGCCAGUUCUUCUGUGAAAUCCCCCAGAUCCUCAAGCUCUCCUGCUCACACUCCCACCUCAGGGAACUUGGGCUCCUUGUGGUCAGUUCCUGUUUAGGUUUUACGUGUUUUGUGUUCAUUGUGGUGUCCUAUGUGCAGAUCUUGAGGGCCGUGCUGAGGAUCCCCUCUGAGCAGGGACGGCACAAAGCCUUUUCCACCUGCCUCCCUCACCUGGCCGUGGUCUCCCUGUUCCUCAGCACUGCCUUGUUUGCCUACCUGAAGCCCCCCUCCUUCUCCUCCCCAUCCCUGGACCUGGUGGUGUCUGUUCUAUACUCAGUGGUGCCUCCAGCCGUCAUGGAACUCCCAGGAGUAGCUGAUGGUGUUUCUGCUCACUCAGGUUCAUGCCAUCUCACGCACAUGAUGUGCAUGCUCGCAUCUCAUAUGUACAAUGCAAACAUGGACUGCUGA